GCUGCGUCCGGAGGCGUCACGGGCGGCGGCGGCGGCGGCAGCAGCGGCGGCGGGAGGGGCGCGGGGGCAGACAAAGCCGCGGCUAAUGAAUGGGAGCGCCCGCCCGCGCGGCCGUCGUGCGCAGCCGGGGAGCAGCCCGCACGAGCCCGGCCCCGCGAGGACCGGCUCGGAGCUGUGCUGGUCAGGAGAGCCCUGUGGCUCUGCCAGAGGCCGUGCUUCACAGCAUGGGAGCACAGGGACACGUCAAGACACUUCCAGCAGCUCCACCCGCGGCAGUGAUUUCAGGCCUGUCACUGGCAGGCCUGCCCCAUAACCAGCGGAAGGUGACGCAGAAGCAUCAGCCUGCCUCCACAAUGACAGCGCUCCUGUCUCCAGGACAAGAAGCAGGGUCCCCUGUGCAUUCCUCGUCUGCAUGGUGAAGUGACAGCACUGUAAGGGUGCCACCCGUACCCGAGGUGGCUUUUCAGGGAGCUUUAUGACCAGUUUUGUUCAUAAACAUCCUGAAAAGUGAAUUAUUUUGAGAAAACAGAAGGUGAUGUACAUUUAGGGCACAGAAGAGCCUUUGGAUCCGUCAUUCACCAGCCUUGGGCAUCACCAUGACGAAGCAGCUGCAGUAGUUAUGGUCAGUCAUGGAGAACCACCAGGAAGCUCAUCCCAAAGCAGGUGCUGGUUUUGUUCCUGAUAAAGUAAACUUUAAAACAGAAGGGGAGGAUGGUGGGAUUCCAAAUCCCAGUUCAGAGAGAACAGACUUAAAGAAGGAGCAGGAGCUCAGGAGCCCCGCUGACGGCAGCGACGAGCAGGCAGAGGCCAGGGAGGUGGGCCAUCGCUGCAAGCUCCCCGGAACGUGCCUCUCUGCGGACAGUGAGGACGAGUACGGGUCCCUGCUCUCGCAGUACAGCAGAACACUGUACGACGUGGCCAUGGAGGCCGUGACGCAGAGCCUACUGUCUGGCCGUGGUGCCAGCUCCAGGAAGAAGUCCCCAGCGUGGAAGCACUUCUUCAUCUCGCCCCGGGACAGCACAAAGGCCGUGUGCAUGUACUGCAUGAAGGAGUUCAGCCGCGGCAAGAACGAGAAGGACCUGAGCACCAGCUGCCUCAUGCGGCAUGUGCGGCGGGCACAUCCCACGGCCCUCCUUCCAGAGGACAGCGGCCUGCCCGCCCUGGCCUCACUGCCCCCACCUUCCGUGAGGCCCCCGCCACAGGCCGCAGAUGCUGGGGACCUGGGUGCAGUGCCCCCACCCCAGGGGAUGCCGACGGUGCCGUCUCCCAGGCAGACAGCAGAGGAACCCGUGUCUGCGGUGUCUUCUGAGGAUGCCUCUUCGGAUGCACCCCUCUCUGACCAGUGCAGUCGGGAAGAUGCCCUGGGGGCGCCUCCCCACCUUUCCACCCUCCAUGGCGAGGAGGCUGUGGAGAGUGGGCAUGAGAAGACACCUGCACCCCCAAAGGGCACAUCCGGGUCCAGGAGAAGGUCCGCCGUCUGGAAGCACUUCUAUCUGUCCCCAUUGGACAGCUCCAAGGCCGUAUGCGUGCACUGCAUGAACGAGUUCAGCCGCGGCAAGAAUGGGAAGGACCUGGGCACCAGCUGCCUCAUUAGGCACAUGUGGAGGGCGCACCGCUCCAUUGUGCUGCAGGAGAGUGGGGCCGGCCCCGGCCUCCCACCCCCCUACUCCGCACCCCCCACCUUGCUGCCCACCUUACCGCUGCCGGACGGAGACCCACACUCCGCGGCGUCCUCCCCAGGGAAGUUGGCCCAGGAGUCCCCAUCAGCGUCCUCAUCCCCUGACCGGCUGCCAGAGGACCUGCAGGCACAGCUGAAUGCCGGGGAGGCUCUGGGGGAAGAGGCGGCGGUGUGGUCGUCCUCCGAUGAUGUUGGCGAGGCCUCGCUGGUGUCCUCCCCUGAGAAGCAGCUGGGGGCUGGGCCGAGGGCUGUUGUGUCUGAGCCCGAGGCCGUGUUCCAGCAGAACAAGAAGGUCAUGAAGAGGUUGAAGUCUGGGGUGUGGCACCACUUCUCAUUAGCGCCCACGGACAGUCUGAAGGCGGUGUGCAAGCACUGUGCCUGCGUCAUCAGCCGGGGGAAGAAGGGCGAUGUGGGCACCAGCUGCCUGAUGAGGCAUCUCUACAGACGCCAUGCAGAGGUUGUUGGGAACAAAGGCUUUCUGGGUGUCAGCUUGGCGAACUCGCCAUAUGCCACCUUGGCUUCUACAGAAAGUUCCUCCUCCAAACUGACUGACCUGCCGACAGUGGUUACAAAAAGCAGUCAAGUUGUAUUUCCUGUUAAUAGCAAAAAGACCUCAAAGUUGUGGAACCAUUUUUCUAUCUGCUCUGCGGACCCCACGAAGGUCGUGUGCCUGCACUGCGGCCGGACGAUCAGCAGGGGGAAGAAGCCCAGCAACCUGGGCACCAGCUGUCUGCUCAGGCACCUACAGAGGUUCCACAGCAGCGUGCUGCAGCCUGAGGACCCCAGGACGGGCGGCCACGCAGCCCUGGGCGCAGAGCUUGCGGGAGCUUCCUCCUUUGACGACGCCAGUGACAAGUUUUAUGAUUCUCAUCCAGUUGCCAAAAAAAUAACAAGUCUCAUCGCGGAAAUGAUUGCACUUGACCUUCAGCCAUAUUCUUUUGUAGACAAUGUCGGCUUCAACCGACUGCUCGAAUACUUGAAACCUCAGUACUCUCUGCCCUCCCCCUCCUACUUCUCCAGGACGGCCAUCCCAGGUAUGUACGACAGUGUGAGGCGGAUCGUCAUGUCCCACUUGCAGGAAGCUGAGAGCGGUGUGGUCCACUUCACCUCUGGAAUCUGGAUGAGCAGCCAGACCCGUGAGUUCCUCACGCUCACUGCUCACUGGGUCACCUUCCAGCCCAUGGGCCGGCCGCGCUGCGAGGACCACCACUGCUCAGCGCUCCUGCACGUGUCUCAGGUGGACUGCGACUAUAGCGGUAGCAGUGUUCAGAAGCAGCUGGAGUGCUGGUGGGAGGCCUGGGUGACGUCCCCCGGCCUGCAGGUGGGCAUCACGGUGACAGACAACCCGAGCAUUGGCAGGACUCUGAACGAGGGGGAGCACUCAAGCGUCCAGUGCUUCAGCCACACGGUCAGCCUCAUUGUCACCGAGGCCAUCAAGAGCCAGCGGAUGGUCCAGAAUGUCCUGAGCACUGCGCGGAAGGUGUGCGAGCGGGUGCAACGGUCGCCCAGGGCUCGGGAGAGGCUGGCCGAGCUGCAACGGGAGCAUGCGCUUCCUCAGCACCGACUGCUGCAGGACGUGCCGUCCAAGUGGGGCACGUCCUUCCUCAUGCUGGAGCGGCUCCUUGAGCAGAAACGGGCCAUCAACGAGGUGUCCGCCGAGUGCAACUUCAGAGAGCUCAUCAGCUGUGACCAGUGGGAGGUCAUGCAGUCCGUGUGCCGCGCGCUGAAGCCCUUUGAUGCCGCGAGCCGGGAGAUGAGCGCCCACGUGUCCACACUCAGCCAGGUCAUCCCCAUGAUCCACAUCCUCAACCGGAAGGUGGAGAUGCUAUUUGAGGAGACGACAGGCAUCGACGCCAUGCUGCGGUCCCUGAAGGAGGCCAUGGUGAGCCGGCUGUCUGCCCCGCUCCACGACCCCAGGUACAUCUUCGCCACGCUGCUGGACCCUCGCUACAAAGCCUCCCUGUUCUCCGAGGAGGAGGCGGAGCAGUAUAAACAGGACUUAAUCAGGGAACUGGAAACGCUGCAUUCUACCUCAGAAGACACGCCCAUCCCCAACGGGUGUGACCUGGGCUCCCCAUCCAAGGACAUGGCCGGGGAGGAAAACCUGUGGUCACUUGUGGCCAAGAUGGCAAAGAAGGGCCCCAGAGGACAGUCCCGGGCACCCAAGGACGUGGUGCUCGCGUACCUGGAGGAGGACGUACUGGAACACAGCUGUGACCCUCUCGCCUACUGGAACCUGAAGAGGGCAGCCUGGCCAGGCCUCUCGAUGCUGGCCGUCAGGUUUCUGGGCUGUCCUCCAAGUAUUGUCCCUUCAGAAAAGCUGUUCAACACACCCACCGAGAAUGGCAGUUUUGGCCAGUCCAGGCUCAUGAUGGAGCAUUUUGAAAAGCUCAUCUUUCUGAAAGUGAACCUCCCUUUGAUUUACUUUCAGUAUUGAAACCUCAGUGGAGCUGCCAGACUGAAAACGGUUGCUUCUUGGGCACCAGCUGUCUGGUCUGGGCCAGCAGCUCACCUGUGGGGAUGCAGGGCGUCAGACCAGGUGCUCGGCCGUGCUGCACUUCUGCACCCAGCCUCACCAUCUCCUGCCUACCGUGCCUUACUCCUCACCCCAUCCCGGGGCCCUGUGUGUUUUCAAGGAGCCCACUAGGAAGAGCCCAUCUUGUCAAUUAUGAAAUGAGAUUUAAUUCACAAUUGUAAGGUUUUUUUAAAGCUGGGGGUUAGUGAUAUGUUUUACCAGAAAGACAGAGAAGAUGUAAACCAUUUUCCUCUGUAGGCUUUUAUUCAAUUAUGUGAAAACCACAAAUCAGGUGCUGUGUUUUAGUUUUAAAAUUGCUUUAAUUGCAACAGAACAGCUUUGUGGCUGUCAAACAAAAUCUGUAAAUAGGAGGUGGAGGUCAAGCCAUCCAUGACUGAGCAGUUCUGAACUGCAGACUCUGAAGUGUGUUGAGGAGCACAGAGAAUACCCUGGAAGGUGACUGUUACUGUGACAGAUGUGGCGUUUGAAGACAGAGUGUAGGUGUGUCAUGGAUGUUGGCUCUGUAGUGACUUGCUAAGCAGAACUUUUCCAUUUUAUAUGUUUGCAUCAGGCUCACGUGGCCAGUUAACUCAGAGACACCCAACUAGCCACGAGCUCCCAUGAGGCCUGUUGUUCAGCCGGUGCAGACGACACGUUUACAGCCUCCUGUUGAUCAGAUCUCCAAGCCUCUGAUUAGUGUCUUUGCUAUGAAGCUAUCUUAGGAAAUUUGUGCCCUGACCCCCAAUUUGAUCAAUUAAGUGUAAGAUUCCUUUAGAAGAGCUGGCUUAUGAACAGGGAAGAAUAUUGUUAUAGUGUGAGAACAGCCUUAGGUGUUCAGGUUUUUCUUUAUAAUAGGGAAGAUUCAGCCAUCACUGGGGUAUUUUAGAAUCCCAAGGACAUCAGAAUGAAGCAUCAAUUGUCUGAUUCUUUUAAUAAUAUGUAUGUGUUCAAAGUUUUUGCUUCAACGUCUAGAAAAGGUUCAUUUUCUUAUAUCAAGCCAAUUAAAUAUUCUGGGUGAAACAAGUCACUCAUUUGCCUAUGACCUGUUAGAAAAGUUGUUUUGUUAAGAUACUGUACCUGUUAUUAAUCUGAAUUUGCAUUGACUGUGUUUUAGUAUAUUUAUAAAUGGUGAACUCAGUUUCUGAAAUUAAACUUUUUAUUUGCAAUUUUGUACUGCUAGAGAACACUGGCUUUUUAUUUUAGGAUAAUAAAACAUCAUCCUCUUUGGGGCCAAUAUAUAGAACAACUGCAGUCAUGCAGACUUUGAAAUUUUUCCUGUGCCCCAGAGAGGACGUGGGGGAAGUGGAGGUGUAAUUCUUGCAGCAUUUCCAGUU